AUGGCAGACGACCCUGUUUUGAUUAACAUAACGGAAAUGAUUGCAAAAUUAUCGCCAAUACAACCUGAAAGUUGCAUUUGCAAAGUGCCUAAUCAUCUUCGCAAGGUAGAUGAGGAGGCCUAUGAACCACAGCAACUUGCAAUCGGUCCUUACCACCGCGAUAAGGUUCACUUGAAAGCAAUGGAAGAGAAUAAGCUUCGGUAUCUUCAAAAGCUACUUGAAGAAAGAGGGGAGAUCAAUGAUGGCCCGAAAUAUGUUAAGGCAAUGAGAAAAUUAGAGACAAGAGCUCGCAAUUGGUAUACAGACCCCAUAAAUCUUGAAUCAGAUGAUUUCAUCAAAAUGAUGCUCCUUGAUGGUUGCUUUAUUAUUCAGCUAAUUCGGAUGCAUUUUGGCAUGUCAUCGAGGGUGGACAAUGACCCCAUUUUUAAGGUGAUUGGUUUGCGUUCCUCCUUACGCUGUGAUUUGUUAUUACUUGAAAAUCAAAUUCCCUUCUUUGUUGUAUUGAAGUUACUUGGUAUGAUUGGGAUUUCCGAUGAGGAAGAUUUCGCUAGAACGAUUUUGAAAUUCUUGAAGUACACAUUACCAGAUUCAAGGUUUUCUGAAGAUGGUGUAAAAUCGAUCAAUGAAAUCGGACACCUACUGGACUUGAUACAUGAAUACUGGCGUCCAUCACCUAUAGAAAUUACGGCCUAUCGAAAUACGAAAGCAACGGAUACCAGCCUCACACAGAGUUUGUUUGAUAUUAAGUUUGAAAAAGGGACUCUGAAAAUCCCAACCUUGGAAAUCAAUCAUUGGACAAACUGUUUGCUUCGAAAUCUCAUUGCCUUGGAGCAGUUUUCCUCGUGCGGAGAUAUAACUCAUAUCACGGAUUAUGCCGUAUUCAUGGACUGUCUUAUUAACUCUGCAAAAGAUGUGGAAAUACUCACACACCGUGGAAUUGUUAACAACAAUUUAGGUAAUGACGAAGCAGUUGCCACCAUGUUUAAUAGACUUACUGACUCAGUAACCUACUCCUCCGAAAAAUACUAUUACCGUGAAGUAUCAGACAAAGUGAACGCAUAUAGCGGAGGACGCUGGAACAAACGGCUUGCCAACUUGAAUCACUACUAUUUCAAUAGUCCUUGGGCACUUAUUUCCGUUCUUGCGGCUGCAGUCAUCCUUCUACUUACCCUCAUGCAAACCAUAUUUUCUGGAAUUGCUCUUUAAAAGUAAGAAAACAUACUCUCUUUUAUUAUGUAUUAUAUAUAUUUUAUGUAAAUUAUGGAAAAUACCUUUUAAAAUACAAUUAUUUGCUGUGAGUGAUGUGAACUUAUUAUUAUAAGUUAGAACCGCUUAUCGUUUCUGUAAUAUUAGUCUAAGAGUGAUUCGAAAGUAAUUGAUUAUUGCUUGCUGCUUUUUCCUAGGACUUGAUCUUGCUAUUUUGUUUUACUUUAUUUUUUAUUUUUUUCUUUGAAAAGUAAUAAAGGAAUUCAGGGUACCUUAUAACCGUUCUUUUAUCUAAAUAUUCUAUUAGUUGCUCUUUAAAAGUAAUAAAGGAAAGUUUUCUGGUGGAAAAGAGAAUGUGAUAGGAAACAGGCGAUGAAUCU